AUGGCAAGCUCUUCUCUACAUGGACCGGCCUUCCGCCCAACACAGAAGCUCUCCAAGAGCCCUGUCGUAAAGUUGGCCUGCUCAGAUUUUACCCAGAUGAUACAACAGGCAACUAGGACUAGAAACUCGGCAUACGGACCCUUUGACGGAGACACAACGUCGUUCUCGAUCGAGUUCUUUUCAGUUCAUGAUGGUCAACCAUUAGUUGAGCACCAUCAUACAGCGCCUGCACUGGUGCAGAAAGCAGGCUCCGAUGUAGUUGGGCCGGACAGCAUCUAUCGAAUCGCGAGCAUCACCAAAGUAGUCACUGUAUUCACAUUCCUUGCUGUGGCUGGUGAUGCUCGAUUCAACGACCCUAUCACGCAAUAUGUUCCAGAGUUACGAGACGCUGCCCGGAAAUCCGAUGCCGCCCUACAUCCCAUAGAUGAUACCGCGUGGGAAGAUGUCACUAUAGGCGGACUAGCAAGCCAUAUGGCGGGUAUUCCUAGAGAUUUAUCGUUGGUCGGAGAAUUGGCGUACAGAGACCUUCAGCAUGAGGACUACGGCCUGCCACCUUUGGAGCAUGCAAAUGUGCCUCCCAAUGGAAACGAUCCCGGCUGUGGACGAGCGCAGUUUUUCGAAUGGUUCACCAGACGACAUCCUAUAUUCGCACCUAGCACUACCCCUAUCUACGGCAACGCUGCUUUCCAACUUUUGGCCUAUGCUCUCGAAAACAUCUCGGGCAAGCCCUAUUCAGCUCUGCUAGAAGAGAAAGUGCUACGACCACUUGACCUGUCACGAACGUCGACCACACCUCCGCUGGGUGAGUCAAGAUGUGUCAUCCCCGGAACGCCGACAAGCACGCUUUGGGAUUACGAUUUCAGUGAAGUAGGCCCAGGUGGAAACCUCUACUCCAGCCCAGCGGAUGUCUCGAAGGUUGGCCGGGCGAUCCUCUCCUCAUCCCUCUUAUCGAAGGCUCUGACGAGACGGUGGCUCAAGCCGGUUGCCCAUACUGCUGACCCCUACUACUCUGUAGGAGCACCUUGGGAAAUCCACCGCGUCACUCUACCCGUCACCAAUCGCGUUGUAGACCUAUACGCCAAAGCCGGCGGAUUCGGCUCCUUCAGUUCCGAACUGAUUCUGAUUCCCGAUUUCGAGGUGGGCCUCACCGUGCUGGCCGCCGGCCCACCUUCGAACAGCGUCGUACCCAUUAUCAGCAACCUAUUCUCGGCGAUUCUGGUUCCUGCUUUGGAGACGGCGGCUCGAGAAGAGGCCAAAAAUAGCCUUGUGGGCACUUACUCUUGCAAGAAGCCUGGCGGUGUGGAAUCGUCCAUCACUCUCAUGAUAGAUGACACAAAUCCUGGUCAAGGUGGUCUUAGUAUUAGUCGCUGGGUGAGCAACGGCCAGGAUAUGAUGCACGUCCUAGCGAAUCUGCUUCCACCAUUGUUUGCCAGACCCGUCCAAGCUAGGCUUCAUCCGACCAACAACGUCGAGGACGUUCCGACAAAGAAGGGGCACACCAAGACUGCAUACCGUGCGUUGUGCGAAUUUUUUAGUCCAGCGGGUGAUAGAGGGCCCUUUGACCGCUCAGUCAUGUGGUAUUAUUUGGAUCAAAUAUACUGGCAAAGUAACGCAUUGGACGAAUUCAUCCUCGAGACUGACGAAGAAGGACGUGGUGUCAGUAUCACACCCAGGGCACUGGGAGUGGUACUGGCAAGGGAUCCUCUGCCUGGAUCCGAGACUGCUUUGGGGCUGAGCGGUAUGUAA